CAAAUACAUUCCACCAAUCGUGAAUGGUCUCUGUCCUCCUCCACAAGUCGCACGCAAAGCUCCACGAGAGAAAGGAUCCGAAUCCACCAUACUUUGAAAAUCGUUAGUCGGUUUAAGAAAGGAAUAGAUUGUUAAGACUGAUGCAAGCGGUUAGGGUGAGGAAGUUUUGUGAAGGAUAAAAAUAAUGUCUCUGAGGAUAAAAGUGGUGGUGGAUAAGUUUGUGGAGGAGCUAAAGCAAGCUCUGGACGCCGAUAUACAAGAUCGGAUCAUGAAGGAGAGGGAGAUGCAGAGCUACAUCGAGGAGCGAGAGCGCGAAGUCGCUGAGCGAGAAGCCGCCUGGAAAGCUGAGCUCUCUCGCCGCGAGACGGAGAUCGCUAGACAGGAAGCGAGGUUGAAGAUGGAGAGAGAGAAUCUGGAGAAGGAGAAGAGCGUUCUCAUGGGGACUGCGUCGAACCAGGAUAAUCAAGACGGCGCUCUGGAGAUUACUGUCAGCGGUGAGAAGUAUCGGUGUCUUAGAUUCUCCAAGGCCAAGAAAUGAGCGCACAAAGUCACUUUACAGUGCUGUUUCAUGCUUAGGGUUUGUUUGAUUGAUGUGCCUGCUAUAUCUUACACUGUGUUGUGGUACCUAUGAAGAACAUUCUAGGGCUCAGUGUUGGUUUGGAGAUCUUAUGUUCUUGGAAGAUGAAUUCUCACUCAAGGAAAGGAAGUAUCUGUCUGCCUUCCUUUAGUUUUAUCUUUUUUGCUAUGAAUCUAAACUUACUGGUCUAUUCAAGGAUUGGAUGUUGUGGUUUGGA